GAGAGAGAGAGAGAGACAGUGGCGGCGAGACUUGCUGUGUGUAACCUAACCUAAAUAUAGAUUUUGUAAGAAGAAAUUAAAUAAAUGUUAUUAUCGAAUUAAUAUACAAUAUUGUCGUCAAAUAUGAUAUCGACUGCUAGAGCUGUACUUCGUGUUGAACAACAUAUAAAUUAUAAUAUUGUGGUUAAUGGGUUUCAUCAGUCUUGUGUACAAUAUUUGAACCAGAGGUGGAGACAAAAACGUGGGUUAACGGCUAAUCCAAAUACUUUUGGUCUGUUGACAAAUUUGCCAGAUUAUAAAUUUAAAGAUGGGAGACCUACGCCUCUUGGAAUAAGACAAAAAGCACGCUUAGAUAAACAACGUGGUUAUGCGGCAAGAAUUAUCAAAUUAGUUGGAGAGGUAGAUUAUGCUGUUGAAAGACAUGCUAGAUUGCAAAAAGAGAAAGAACAAAAAACACAACAAAUUCUGGACAACAAGUUGAAACCCAAAGGAGAUUUACUACUUCAAAAACAGGCAGAUACCAUAGAAAAGUAAUUUUUAUGAUUAUGAAGAAAGUAAUAUACUUGCUUAAAUAUUA